AUGGGUUGCUGCAAGCUCCUAUUUCAAGUAGUAGACAUGCUGGAUUUCUCUGUUAAUUUGGAGGCAUUGAAUAUAUCGGUGGUCUUAGAGAUUCCGGUUUCGCGGAUAUACCUCGAUUUACCGACUUGGAACGGUCGUGGUCGCCGAACAAACUGGGGCCAACUGCGGAUGAAGGAUAUCUUCGAAUAUAGCCCAAUUCACAACUGUUUGAGGCAAAGACCUUACUUGUCAAACACAAGGUUUAAACAUCGAGUAAGCCGAUUCCAUUCCUGGUUAGCAGAUGGCCAGAGCCUAGUGCACUCCUCCAUUGCAACCUUGUUCACACCGCACAACCUCAGACCAGACAGCCAAUUCCAGUAUACGUUAUAUCGAAUGCCUCAACCUAACUUUGAAGAUCUACUGACGUUACUCCCCAUUGAUGCCCUACCGGCACACUAUCCGCGUGGCCCUACUACGGCAUGGCGCGCCUUCUGGUUAUCUUCCUUCCCACACCAGGCGCACACCGUGCUCUGGAGGCAUUACCGUCGUAAGUUGCCAACAUGCCAGCGUCUACACCAGCUUUAUCCGAAUCGACACUUGGAUCCUUACUGUCUUCUAUGUGGAGGCGUCGAAGACGAUGGGCACUUCUUGUGGCCUUGCAUGCUCAAAAAAGAAACCUGGCCAUGCAUUGCAAAUCGCUUUUUACAGCCUACUGCGAGACUUGCCUAUGAAUCUCUGACCUUAGACUCGUCUAAACGUAUUCAAGUGCUUCAGGGCUACGUUUUGAUGUUCAAACAGUCAUUGCUUGUACGAUCUGGGCUAUCUGGCGGCGUCAUUGGCGUUUUGUAUUUGAUGGUCGUACCUUCUGGCCCGAUGAAGCUGCUGCACGAGCAACGCAAGCAAUCAAGCGAAUACAUGAUGAAAAUAUCUAUAGAGAGCGUCUAAAAUCAUCUCACUCAGGUUAACGCAGCCUUUAUUUUGUUCCGUGCUUCUAUGUUCUUUAUUAUUUUCUUUAAUAAGUACAAGCUAACUGGCGGUACUUGAAUAAAAUAUACCAUUUUACAAAAAAAAAAUU